UAAAAGCUCAAAAAUACCACUCCUUCUAAGUUUCUAACUCCCCUCCCUACAACUCAACAGUCUGAAACACACUCACAAUUAGAGAAAGAUCUUAGCUAGGCCAUGGCAUCUCUGGCUACCUUAGCUGCUGUGCAACCAGCCACCAUCAAGGGCCUUGGUGGAAGCUCCCUCACAGGAACAAAGCUCUCCAUCAAGCCCACCAGCCAGAGUCUCAAAACCAAAUCCUUCAGAAGUGGUGCUGUUGUGGCCAAAUAUGGAGACAAAAGUGUGUACUUUGACUUGGAGGAUUUGGGCAACACCACAGGACAGUGGGAUUUGUAUGGUUCAGAUGCACCUUCACCAUACAACUCUCUUCAGAGCAAGUUCUUUGAGACAUUUGCUGCUCCAUUCACCAAGAGAGGAUUAUUGCUCAAGUUUUUGAUCUUGGGAGGUGCUUCCACCCUUGCUUACCUUAGCGCCACUGCCUCAGGCGACAUUCUACCGAUCAAGAAAGGUCCUCAACUUCCACCAAAGCUAGGACCACGUGGCAAGAUCUAAGCUCAUUUGGUUCUUUCUUUUAUAUUCCCGGCUUCAAUUUGUAUGUACCUUUUCAUUUUAGAAUUUGUAAGUAUGUUCCAAAAAGCGUACUUAAGACCCCUUAUUUGAUUAGUCAAACAAAUGUAUCUCAAAUGCAAUUUGAGGGGACUGCUUUAUGUCAUACUCUGAAGAUUCUGGACACUCAUGCGUGUAAAAUGGUCAAAUUUCAAUCA